UUAUACCAUCCGACCUGUGGACAUGUUGGGACAGUCAGAGAACAACACAGGCAGUAUAGUACGGUUAAUACAGACAUGAACUGGGAAACUCAGCUGAGUUCUAUCCUGUCAGUGGCUGAUGGCAGCGUUGCAAAGAUGAGGGAGAGACUGACGUCACCAGGGAAAUUUGCUAAAGGAAGAGAAGAUUUGUUUCCAACCAGGGAGAGGCUUCAUGGUUCAGAUUUUGGCCCUCCUGCUCUUCCUCCUCGAUCCCCCCUGCUCCGCCAUCCUUCUCCCUCUCAUGGUCACACAGUUCAGUGGGCAGACCUCGCUGCCAUCCAGUCACAGCUACAGAUACAGAGCCAGACAAUUGAGUCUCUCACCCAGAGACUCCGUGACGUGGAAAAGGAGAGACAGUCUCAACAAUGUGACGUCCAGACACUACAAGAGGAGGUUCAGCAGCUGCGUGAGGAGCGGAGGACUCGGGCCGAAUCGAGGAGUGAUCACAGUCCAGGAGCCGAGAGGAGGAUGGAGCAGUGGAGGAGGGAGGUGGGGCGUGAGCUGAGCAGUCUGCGGGGACACAUCACCAGAGCCACGUCGCUAGGCAACCUGGAGGAGAGUUUCAGCUCUAAGCUCUGCCGAGAGGAACUGGAACACCUGCGGAGAGAGGUGGACCAACUGAAAACACAGCUAAGGAGACAGGGGGAGGACGCGUUCCUCCAGCAGGCAGAGGCCAGAGAGACCCGGAGACAGUACGAACACAGCUUCAAGACGCUGGAGGAGCUGACAGACAGCUACAGGUCUCACAGCAGUGAUCUGGUGAAGACUGUCUCUCAGUACUCUCACACACAACAGGAGGUUCGACAGAUCAGAACAACUGUGUCAGAAAUGAAGGAAGAGUUCAGGAGACUCAUCCUCAAAGAACGUCAAACGACACCUUUGCUGUCACACUCCUCGGGUGCUUCUCCUCUCCCGCUCCCUGGCAGCCUCGGUCGGGGGGGCAGAGUUGAGGCGGACUCUGACUCGGAGGACUUCAGCCCGACGCCGAGUCUGGCUGAGAUCAGCUCAGAUGAUCUGUCAUGGCUCGAUGACAAAGACCCUGCUCUUCAUCAGGAGCCGCGGGUGCGCCUGAGCGUUCAGUCCACACGGAGCGACUUUGCUGGCCCCGGAUCAGAUCUCGAGGACGACGAUGGCGAUGAUCUCCUUGACGAAGACGUACAUCCAGAUUUAGAAUCAGACCUCAGUCUUGCUGACCUCUGACCUCUUUAUAAAGUGACUGUUCUGUUAUUUGAAUUGGGAAGGACUCAGCAACAUGAACACUUUUUCUGGCUCUCCAGUACACUACCUGAUAUGAGUUAUUUCUUUUAAAUUGAUACCACCAGUACAAUAGGGAGUUUUAACCUCUAUUCUGAAACCCAAAACUAAAAAUGUAGAAGUAUUCAGGGUAACAGAAACCACCAUAUGGCUCAUUUCCUUUGUGGUCUCAAGGGUAAGGAAACAAAGAACAGCAAACAGCAGACUUGGCAUCAAACAGAGGCACACACAAAUAAUAACAAGUAAUUAAGUCAUCCUAUUUAGUGUUAUUGCUUAAACACACAAUAUGUAAUUUUCUGCUGUUGUGGGUCUCUCAAUCCAAACAAACACGGAGUUUGGUGGUGUAGUUACGUAACUUAGGAUCAUGGGAGUCUUCACCAUCCUUGCAGACAGCUUCUCAUAAUUAGGAUGACUUGACAAAGCAAAUAGACCAGGUGGUGUAAACUUGUAAGAACACACAUCAGUUUCACGUUAAAAUCAUUGUAUCUCCGAUGCUCUAAGGCAGACUAUAGAUAGACAUACUAGAGGGGCUUCAAGCGUCAUUAUUAUACAUUUAAUUUAAUCGCUAUGAAUGUUUGUUUAGUUAAGCCCUCGGAUAACUUAAGAUCAAGAUGUCCAAUGACUAAAAGCAUUCAUCCUAUAUAAAUAUGAAGGUAUUAAAUUCAUCUGCGAUUGAGUGCAAGUAAAAUAUACUAUUUAUGACACCAUCUGGUUGCUACAACGCUGAUUUUGCAAAAUGGUGAUACAACGCCAAUACAGGAGACUUUAUUAAAUGCCGUUACCUUUAUUACAAUGGAAGAUUUCUCUUGUUAUUUUCAACAUUUUAGGAAACAAUUUGAAUUAUAUAGGUACACGACUAAACAGAAUAAAAAGAGGGCUCGUCGUUUUUAGACAUUUUAACACCGAAAAGUUAAUUUUAUACCUUCUAUAGACCUGCCUAUAUAUAAGUAAUGCAUUGUUUAUUCUAAUGUGGAGACUUUCUAUUAAUAAGGGGAAUUCUCUAAUUAUAUUUUAAACAGUUAUUUGUGAGAAUACCAGAAGUUUUAAGGGACUUUUUUUCCCUCUAAUAUACUGUAUUCGUUAAACUCUCCUGUCCCCUGUGGCACACCCAGGCUCCUUCUACCACAGCGUUCUGAAACAAACCACACAAAGCUUUAGCAUUGUUUUCCCGCCAUCAAGUUAGUUAGUUAAUCCCCUUUAGCUCAAGCAUGCUCAGACUAGUUGGAUGCUGGGAACACACUGAAGAGGCUGGCAGCUGUGAUUCUUUGUGAGAGAAACAGUUUUCAUGCUGGUGGAUAUCUUUGUGCCUGAACAGUCGCAUUUAUUGUAUUCAGCUUUCUUUCCUACUGUAAGGCUGACUGAGUAAACCGUUUGCCCACAGUUUUGAAAUCAGUCAUUCCCCUUAGGAUAUGAAACUUUCAAUGUUGCCACACCCGCUGCACCCACGCCGCGCGUCACUGGAGAUAAAUUAUGGGUCUUGCCAGAGUCAAGGAGAGAACCGAGCGCUGCAAUUGGUUGGCUAAACCACAAGGUUUGUUUUCAGUCAGAAUAUUCUAAAAUAGUUAUAUUUCGGGCUCUCCUGAUUACAGAUUGUUCAGGAUAGGCACGGUUUUGGUGAAGUUUGGGUCUGCAGGACAUUUCUCUCUUACCAUAAUUACAGUGGCAUCCAUUAGAAAAUCUGCAUUUGAGUAGCAAAAACAGAGACCACAGUAUAAUUAUACUUCCUCAAGUUGGUCAUUUUUUAUUAAUCCAUUUGUUAUAUCAUAAAUAACUUUAACUUGUGACAACAAUGCACUUUGACACUAACUGAUGUACAGUAAUGUAUCAAGAUUCACAGUCAGCUUUAAAGUCCUGUUGUUUUUGUACUAAAUGUAAGCUACACCCUUCAGUGUAGCAGAGUAAUGGAUUUUUAAUGGACUUU